UUCAAUAUUCUAUCUUGUGUCUGGAUUCGCUUAAUCAUUCUGAAUAUUUGUCGUCAAUUUAUUUUUUUAUUUAUCUAGUUAUCAUAAGAAUAUCUCAUAACGUGUUAACGAGUUAUUAUUCUAUUACAUAAUAUUACUAGUCUGCUAAUUUCACGAGCCACUUUAAAUUUGUUUAAGCAUUUCAGAAUUAAAUUUGUUUUUUUACACAAAUAGCAAUGUGUGUUGGUUGCUUAUCUCGUAUGCGCCCUCGCUAUAAACGUCUUGUUGAUAACAUCUUCCCAUCAGUUCCUCAGGAUGGUUUGGUGAAAAAUAAUAUGGAAAAGUUAACAUUCUAUGCUUUAUCAUCACCAGAAAAAUUAGAUCGUAUUGGCGAAUAUCUAUUUCAGAAAGCUAGUAGAGACAUCUCUCGCAAGAGAAAUGAGUUUGUAAUGAUUGCUAUGGAAGCUAUGGACCAGCUUCUUGUAGCAUGUCAUGCUCAAACUUUAAAUUUAUUUGUUGAAAGCUACUUACGCAUUGUGCAAAAGCUACUUGAAUCAUCAGAACCCAGUUUACAAAUACUAGCCACACAAUCGUUUGUACGGUUUUCUAAUAUUGAAGAAGAUACACCAUCAUAUCAUAGGAGAUAUGAUUUUUUUGUUUCCAAAUUUUCUUCCAUGUGUCAUAACAACAAUCCAAAUUUAGUCACUAUGGAAAUGAUUCGAAUGGCAGGCAUAAAAGGCAUUCAAGGAGUUAUUAGAAAAACUGUUUCUGAUGAUUUGGUUGAAAAUAUCUGGGAACCUGUUCACAUGGACAAAAUUGUUCCAUCUUUAUUAUUUAAUAUGCAUACAAUGAAAUCAAAAACUGAAUUAAUGGUUGAAAGUGGAAUUUCAGAAGAGGUCAAUGAUAAAACUGAUUCAUUUUCUUUAGCAGAAUCUUGUUUAAGAGAGUUAAUUGGACGUGCAUCGUUUGGUCAUGUUAAAAGUGUCAUUCGUCCUGUCCUAAAACAUUUAGACGCUCAUCAUAUGUGGGUGCCAAAUGUAUUUGCUACUCAGUGUUUCCGUAUCUUAAUGUUUUCUAUUCAAUCUCAAUAUUCAUAUGCUGUAGUGGAAACACUGAUGACUCAUUUAGACGAAAACAGCAACGCAUCUCCAAAAAUCCGAACUAGUAUUGCAGACGUGCUAUCAAAAAUUAUUGCUAUUGCAGCUAAUGAAAGUGUUGGACCAACAGUAUUAGAAAUAAUAAAUUCUCUGCUAACAAAUCUCCGUACAUCAGUUACUAGACGUCCACCAUCUAAUACUGGUCUAUCUGAAUCUGAUGGUGAAAAUGAAUAUAGAGAAGCACUUAUACACGCACUUGGAGAAUUUGCUGCACAUUUGCCUGAUUAUCAGAAAAUUGAAAUUAUGAUGUUCAUUAUGUCCAAAGUACCACAGUUUAAAUCUUCAAAUAAUCCUAAUGAUCUCCAUGUACAAAGAAUGUGUUUAAAAUCUCUUUUGAUGGUAAGCACCAAGUAUAGUUCAGUACAAAUGAAUGCUACUUUUCCUCAGUCAUUUUUGGAUUUAUUGCUAAAAACAUUAACUGCUUCUGAGGAUGAAAUUCGCUUCAUUGUUCUACGUAUAUUACACACACUUUUAGACAGGCACAAUAAUGCACCUAAGCUAUCUAAAGCUACGGUAAAUAUCUCCAAAUCUGACAUAAAUCUAGAGAAAUGUUCUCGUAGUGAUACAAUAUUUAUACGAAAACAUGCUCAAGAUAUUUAUGUAUCUAUAUAUGAAAGCUUAGAAAUGACUAACAAUACUGUUGAUAAUGUUGAGGCUGUAUAUACGACUUUGGCCUUAAUAUGUAUUGAACUAUUGUCUGAGGAAACGGUUUUGGAUUUUAUCAGACUGAUUUUAAGUAUACAGGAGUUAGCCAUUACUAACGCUGUACUUUCAACUCAGCAGAAAUUCCAUUUACAUGCAUUGGUUAUUAGUAUUAUGCUUUUAGUAGCUGUUGUGACUGAUUUACAUCCACUCAAAGACUAUGUGGAAAAAAUAAUUGAACAAAGAAAAUUGUUAAAUGCUACUCAUUUGUUACCAGAAAUAAGUAUUCAUAACGAAGUUAAAUCUGCCAGUCUUUUGCCAGCUGGAGUUUUAAUUGAAGAGCCAGAAUUAACUGAAGCUUUAAAAGCGUCGGGCAUUGAAAUUACAAGUUUGUUUUCAUGUGAAACUGGUCCAGUACUAACACAUAGACGUAGCUGGGUUGAAAACACUAAUAUAUCAACGAAAGGAAGCUUUACUGAUUUGAGUAAUUUAGAUUUAGAUAGUGUCAAUUCCACUCCAGCAAUGCAAAGACGUUUUUCUCCAAAUGAAGACCUGUCAUUUGAAGCCAUGAAACGUUCACUGUUGGACAACCCUGCGAUCAAGGUAGAACAGAACACCAGACAAACUCAACUGUGUGAUAUGUUCAGAAAUACAUCCUUCCAAGAUUUAGUAGCAAUUUCUACUGCAUCAAAAGAUGAAGAAACAUUGCAUACGAAAAUAACUGAUGUGUUCAAUAAAGUCGAUAUAUCGAACAAACUAUCAACUGUGGAAACUCCUAACCAGCCCAAACCCAUUUAUGAGACACUAUUCCCAGAAUUAUUUGCAUUUUAAAAAAAUUUUAAAAUUAUAUUUUAUUGACAUAUUUAUAGGAAUGUUUUAAGGUUGAGUAUUCUUAAAUUAAAGUGGAUUACAUUUUAUUGUUGUUAUAUUAUAAUACAUAUUAGACCAAACUGUUAGUAUGUAUUCAUUUUUAAUUAUAAGUCAUUGGUAUUGUUAC